AUGAUCAUUUUUGAGCGCCAAAUCAACUUGUUCAUCGCCCGUUUUCAGAAGAAACACCUCACGUGGGAUGAGCGCCGCGCUGUGGUUGACCACCUUCUCUUGCGCGUCGGACAACCGUCAUGCAAACUUCAACUAGGUGCAAUCAGUGACGUGGCCCGCUUGUUUGGCCGCCUGCGUCACACCAUUGCCGAGAUUUGGAAGCGAGCUAACGUAUCCCUGGGCAGCGACACUCUUCCUACAAGCCUCGUGCUUUGUAACGACAUCGCAACCCAAAAAAAGAGCGGGUCGGUUGAAAGCCAAAGUACACCGACCUACCAUCGCGUAGUUGAGCAGUGCCAGUAG